GUGAAAAAUUCUAUUUGAAUGCAAGGUUAUGUUUAUGCUUUUUGUUUUACAAUAUUUGCAUUUGUUUGAUUCGCAUUUAACGCUCAGAAGUUGAUAAAGGUGUGAUAAUAAUUUUAAUUAUUUGUUGGAUUCUCUUGAAAUCAAGACAAAAUAUACUAAAGUUGUAUAAAUGAGUGCGCCGGCUCAUGACCCCGGUCCGGAACAAUUUCAACAGUUUCCGCCGAACAGAAUAAUAGUUAUACAUCCUGGUUCAUUAUACGUGAGAAUAGGAAGAGCUUCUGACCUUCUUCCAGUCAAACAGUUACACUGCAUCGCUAGAAAACGUCGACCCGGGGGAAAAAUUUAUCGGGAUCUCUUCGUGCCACCCAGCAUACCUAAAACAAAGGAAUUAAUUGAAGAAUUGGAAGAAUGCCGACUUCAGAUAUCGCACACACUUCAGUCAUGUAUGCAGUCCAAUGGAUCGAGAAGAUAUGCCACCCCUCCCCAACAAAUUGCUGCAUUUAACCGACGUUCAUUGCCGGAGACUGUUAACGACGGUGAACCAUGGCCACAAGUAGAGUGUGACAUUGUUGUCGGUGAUUUAGUUUUAGACGUCGAUCCGGAACUUGAAUAUAAUGUUCAUUUUCCAUACAAAAGAGAUUUAUUGAAGAUAACUGGACCGAAAUCAACUAAGAUACAGAGCAGACAACCUAGUGAUCCAGAGGAUCCUUUCGAUGCAGAGUUUCUUAGAGAAACUGGUAGAAAACGGGAGACGGUUGAUCCAACAGCAAAUGAAAAUCAACAAUUUGAAUCUGUGAAUGAAAACCAACCUACUGGAAAUGCAGAUGAAGAUAUUGUAGUUGACACACUAGAUGGUGGUCCUGGGGAUAUUGUUUCUUUAGCACCUGGCCAGGUCCUAGGCUUGGAUGCAGCAAUUCUACAGAGCAUUGACAGAUGUUCCAGUGAAGAACUAAAGAGAAAGAUGUAUAGUAGUAUUCUAAUAGUAGGUGGUGGGGUUAAAGUACAUGGUUUGAAUUUAUGGUUACAAAACAGGUUAGCUCUUCAAAUACCCUACGCUUACAAGACUGAACAAUUAGAAAUUGUUACCUCUCCGAAAGAUAUUGAUCCAGCAAGUACAGUUUGGAAAGGAGCCGCUGUAAUGUCAUGCCUGGAGUCUGCUAUAGAGCUGUGGAUUAAUCAGAGUGAAUGGACCAAAUUCGGUCUCAAGAUAUUAAGAGAAAGAGCACCUUUUAUUUGGUGAUAGCAGAAAAGUUUCGUUUUUACUGCC